AUGCUAUCACCUUGUCACCGAGUACGGUCGCUGGUCACUCUGCCCACUGUUCCCACUGCUCUCCCUGCGACGACCUGCUGCCAUUAUGUCAUCGUCGUCUUGCUUAUCGUGCUGAAUUGCGACCUCACUGCGCUGGUAUCGGCUCAGUCCUACAAGCCGAUCCGUGCUCUACCCGGUCUUCCUUCGAAUGGCAUUCGUCAAGGACCGAUAGCGAUUGGAGUAUUGCCGGACUGGUCCCACGAAGGACCAACCGAUAUCAAUCGAGCACUGGGUCAGUCGCAUCCGCGAGAUCAAGUGGAGGCGAGCGAGCGAAGGAUCCACCGAUCCUCGGCGGAAGCGAACAUACCUCAACUGAUACUUUCAUUCACCCAUUCACAUUUACAGGGGCCGGGGUAUCGAUCAUAGGCGACUACAUCAACUUCUCACCUAGCAACUAUGACAUGCGCCAAGUCGAGUACCAUCUCCCCGAGGUCCGAAGAAUCGUUCGAGGAAACGUCAAGGCCGUGUACGCGCCGGCGUUCUUGUACGGUGCAUCGUUGAAUACGUGGACGCCCGCAAUGACACAGCAAAUUGCUGCCACGGUCAAGGAGGUCAAUCAGCAAGGUAUUGUCGUGUACUUGAGGUUACUCUUCGAAAUGGUCAGUUACCAUUCCGUGCCGAUGAAUGGAGAAAAUUUGCAGCGCCUGCCAGUGCUCGAGUGGCUCUGGUGGCUUACUCCGAGACUUGCUUGUAACAAACCCCACAGAACGGUGGUUGGAUGGCCUAUGGCUUACAACCAAACCUCUAUCGUCAAAUUUGGGUCGAUGUCACCAAUGCAGUGCGCGCCGCAACAAAUGAGGUAAGUUUGGAAGCUCGACUCAUUGACUACGACAGACUUUCUCAGCCAUAAUGACGAAAAUGCCAUGAACUGCAGACAUACAUGCUCUGGGCACCCAACAUAUGGUCAGGCGCAGUCAGCGACUCUUCCCAAGGCUAUAUACCUUAUUUCCCCGGGGAAGCAUAUGUCGACAUUGCGGGCCUCAGGUCAAUUUUUCGCGCUCGGAGUACGAGAGUAUUCUGCACAGCCUACUUAUCAUGCUGCUCUACAUUUUCUUCGAUAGCUACUAUUCUCUUGGUUAUCAAAAGUUGGUUAACCAGGCCCCGGCGACCAACAUGUUCCGGGACGGGUUCCAAUCUUUCUACGACCUCAUGACGCCGGCGAACGGAUCCACUGGCUCGAAGAACCCCCUCAAGCUGAGCGGUCCUAUCCCAAUCGUGAUUGCCGAGACCAGCGCUCCAUUUUAUUAUGAGCUCCCCAACAGUGACCCUUAUUACGAUCAAGCCGGUCAGUCAAGGGCUCGAAUGGGUUGUGCGCUGCUCCUCGCCCUUUCUCAAUCUGACCUCCGAGAUUUGGAAUCCGUUUCUGCAGGCGACACGGAUAUCGCCGGGCCAUUACCCAACUUAACUCGCUAUACCCCUUCCUUGAAAUCUCCCCCUUUCCCUCGGUCUGAUGACGAACUCUACCUCAAAGCGACCUGGUUCGUUCAAAUGACGUCCAAUACCACUGCUAUCCGGUUCCCCAAUCUGCAAGCCGUCUCGCUUUUCAACUAUCUUAAGCGCGGAGGCGAGGGUACCGAGGUUCUGGUUGAUUUCAGAGCCGUAGGUGGCAAUCAGACGGUCGAAGAUUGGUUCCGGAACGUGAUCGGCAACCAGACGGCGUACGAGAUCGGAUACACGGGAGCAGCUGGGCGGGUUUCGAGUAGUAUUUUCGGAGCCGUAGGGAUAUGGGUGCCGAUCGCCUUAGCGGUGGCCCUUGGUGUAGACAUCUUGUAG